AUGACCAACCUCUUUGAGCGUGGCGAUUUCAUGCGGAAGCAAUUCAGCGAACUGGAUCGCGACGGUGAUGGCUUCAUCACCGAGGCUGAUUUAAAAGCUCUUAUUAAGGGACAUCCAAGAUAUGAUCAAAAUGGAGAUAAGAAGAUCUCAUUUGAGGAGUACCGUAACGGCCUUCUUGCCUACCUCUUCCAAAAUCUUCAAAAUGAGGACAUGGCUCGAUCUCUCUUUCGCCUCCUCGAUGCAGACAAGUCGGGUGCUGUAAGUGUAAAGGAGCUGUACAACUUCUUUGAAGGCUGCAUUGGAACCCUACCGAGGGAGUAUGUGGAGGGUUUUCUGGAACGACUGGACUCCAACAGAGAUGGGGAGAUAAAUUCAAACGCUGUGAUGUUUUCCCGUCUGCGUCGACGUCACGAUGUUGGUAGGAGGGAGCGACUGGUGGAGCUCUUCAAUCGCAUGGACUGCAACGGUGAUCGCAUCCUCCACAUGAACGAAGUAAACGAGUACCUUCAACGCCAUCGUUACGAUCCGUCCGCCAUCAGAGUAGGUUCCACAAUUUGCGCAUCAAAUUAUAGGACGGAAAUGAAUUUGUAA